AGAUGGGGACGGUGAAAUGAUGGGCGGUGAGAUUGGGCGAUCGCUCCCCGGCUCUCUCUCUCUCUCUCUCUCGCCGUCGUCGUCAAUCGUGAUUGUUGACGAAAUUUCCAUGCCUCCUGCUAAAUAAAGUAACUACAUGCCUUUGAUAAUAAUAGCGGCGUCGGCAUUGUUCCCUCUUUGUAAGAUGCUGAGCUCAUUCCACACCCAUGUGUGUGGGAAUGGGAGUCGGGAGUCGGGGCGGAUACCCAUAUGCAACGCUUGCGCAAUCAUCUCAUUCCGUCCAAGAAGGACAUGCUUUAAAAGCAACCUGACCAAACCCUUUGUUUCACACAUCCAAUCGAUUGGUCGCGCCUAGAUUGGGCGAUCUCUCCGUCGUGCAACCCUCCCAAUUCCAAAAAGCACUGUAAAGUCUUCCGCGCCGACCGGG